AUCCAGUUUUCUUCUUCAGAUGCUAUUAUUAAUGAAAACUACAACUACCUGAAAGGAUUCCUAGAAGAUUUGUCCCCUCCAGAACGAAGUACACUCAUCCAGGACUGGGACACAGCGGGGCUGGUUUAUUUGGACUACAUCCGGGUCAUCGAGAUGCUUGACAGGAUUCAGCAGCUGGAUUGUUCUGCAUACGAGUUGGAGAGGCUACAUACCAAAGUGACAUCUCUAUGCAAUAGGAUAGAACAGAUACAGUGCCACAAUGCCAAGGACCGAUUGGCUCAGUCUGAUAUGGCCAAACGUGUUGCUAACCUGCUGCGGGUGGUCCUGAGCCUACAGCAUUCUCCUGAACCUGCCUCUGACUCCACGCCUGACGUGCAGCGAGUCCCACUUCGCCUGCUUGCUCCCCACAUUGGCCGGCUUCCCAUGCCAGAGGACUAUGCCUUGGAGGAGCUGCGCAGUCUCACACAGUCGUAUCUACGAGAACUGACUGUGGUGACUCAGUGAGGCCUGCUUGCUUCUACAGACGGACUCUUUUUUUAUCAUUUGUUGACCUUUACCCUUGAUUUCGGGGUAAACCUCCCCAUGGCAGCAGUCUCUGUAGCCACAUAGAGCUUUUCUGUAGAGGCGCAAAGUGGCUCCAUGUGUGGGCUAAUGCAGGAAUUUUUGUAACCUGGGGGCAGAGUAAGACUUGGACCUCUUUGGUGAGCAUCCUCAACUCCAUGACAGCUUUUCUAGAGCUAAUAAAGCACUUCUUGCAGAACCCAUCUGCAAGCCAGAUUGUACCUGUGGAGGAAAAGUGAUAGUUUGUACGUUUGGUCUCUUGGCAGAUAAUUACUAAUCUCAUUAGCUACAGCACAGAGGACAGUGAAGCACGCUUCAGGACAGUGAUUUGGAAUGGACAGACUCAAAUCUAGCGGUGCUGUACCAGUUAAGCAGAUGAACUGUUGGUGUCUGAACCAACUGGAUGGCUUUUUAAACUGAGCUUUGUUUAAUGGGUUUGUUCUGUGGGUGGGGGAGUAGAGGAUUGUAACUUCUCUAAAGCCAGGGUAUAGAGAGUGGGGUUCUCCCUCUGUUUUAGUAGGGAGGAUGGAAACCUGCAAAUGUGUAAACCCCCUUGUUUUAAAAGGCAAGAAAGGAAGCUUCUCUGAGUCAGGCCAGAGGGAGCUGAUGCAGGAGUUGCAUGUGCCUUAUGGUCUGUUCUGGCCUCUGAAGGAAACAGGCCCAAUGUCAGUUUAUCCGUGUGUAGUUUAUUGCAAGCCUUCAAUAAAACAAAGGAACUUUGUCUUGAAAUGCUGGGUUUCAUGAAUCCAGGCCAGGUGCUUCUAAUUGAGAGCGAACUCUGUGCUAGAAUUAGAACACCAUCAAGGAGGCUGGCUCACCUGAAAAGCAAAUAACCUGGUUAUCGAAGGCUUUGGCAUUUUUAAACUGGCUCAAGUUUUUUUAAAAGCAGCUGUAUGUGGGGUGGCUCCUUGUGUAGAUUCAGGUACACAGCAUUUACUGCACACUCUCACAUUGCAUCAGGCCUGUUUUUCACUAAAGGAAGCAGCUGCUCAAAUCAGUCCAUGUGACAAAUUGUUUUUAGCCCAGAACAUGCUGUUUUGUUGGUGUUUGCUGUGUAGCUGGAUUACAUCAUUGAACAGAUGUCAUCAAGCAUAAGAACAUCCUGCGAGUGAACUGCUGGUAACAUCCAAUUUACUAUAGUUUGUACAGUCUUCACUUUUACUGUGUUUAGAAACUGAUUAUUUUUGGAAAAAUAAAGCUUGUCUAUUGGUCUACUCUGUAAUACUGCUGUCUGCCCACAGCCAGCCAAUCACUGAUAACGCUGGCAGACAAUGAGGUUUAACCUGUUAGGUGCUUCUACAGAUUGGCUCAUCAAGGGUCUUUAUGCAUGUGGAUUAUGUAAAGGUUUUUAUUAAAAUUAUAAAUAAAUGAUCUAGAUUAUU